UAAACGGAAGAGAACAGUGACCAAGAACAAUUUCCACGUUAGCGGUUUUUGUUGUUAAUUAGACGUUUAUGUUACACAUUGGAACUCAAUAUGACUGAUUGAACAGCACAGCAUCACAUACUUACUUCAGGUAGUCUUUAAUUCGCACUGGAGACAGGACUUGGUUGAUAGACGUUAUCUAAGUAGCCGCUAACGUUAGCUAACAAUGGUUUUUCACACUCAAAUAGCCUCCAUCAUGGAGGUGCUAGCGAAUGCAGCCGUGGCAGAGAUCUGUAAACUCGUAGACGACGACUAUGCAGUGUUUCGUUUGGAAAUGUCUCAAAGCCAGAAAGAAAACAGGACAUUGCGGAGGAAACUACAGCAAUUGGAACUGAAGGUGGUACGGGAGCGCGCAGAGAGGACAAUUAGAGACCGCGUCCGCGCCAGUCGUCCGUGUAGUGUCAAGAUCCUCGACCAAUAUAGAGGAAUGGCAAGAGGUGAAGGACAUCUCACUGGAGGCCACAUGAGCUUUGUGAAGCCAGCGGGACACAACGCGUGGAGAGAUGACCAACCCAUAGCUGUAGAUGAGGGGAGUGGAACCUCAACCCAGCAUGUUAUCUUGAUAGAGUCUGCAGAUGCAGAGGCUGCUGGUUCUGGAGGAUCGUCACAGGUUAAACAGGAGAGGACCGAAGGAGAGGACCCGCGAGACAUCCAGACUAGAGCAGCGGCUGGAGUGGCGCCCCCUGUAGCCACGGAGGACCUCACCGCCUCGCCCCAGCCAAGGACCCGACGCAGCAUCACGGAGGAGGAGGAGGGUCCAGAGGUGGUGUUGAAGGAGGAGGGUCUGGGGAACCCUGAGGGGACCAUGGUCAUGGAGGACAACCAGACUACACCUCCUCCUGAACCCACAGAGGAACCAGCUGAGCAGAACAGGACCACACACAGUCUCACUGAGUCAGUAGACAUGGAGGAUGGGAAGCCUGAUCUGCUGCUGGUCAAAGAGGAGAUAAUAGAAGAUGGACCAGAAAGCAUUGACCUGCUGAGUGGACUAAAGAUGGGGGAGCAAGGUGAUUGGUUGGACGCUAACGGAGGAGAUCGCUCUGCCAUUUUUGAUUCCAAGACUGGUGCAGCCAUGUGUCCAGGGGACGACAUCAAGCAGGCCAGGACCAGAGGCAACAUAGUGGAGGUCAAUGGAUGGGACAGCAUCCUCAACUCUGGGCUGGGGAACAACACUGUUAACCACAACCAGAAACAGACAGUUGAGCACAAAACAACAUCCAAAAUAAGUCUCCAUGACAACAGCACGGCUGAGACCAGGGUGAGGCGUAGAUUUGGUCUGCGGGGACGGGGAGGUGUCAGUAUGCGGCUGGAGAGAACAGACACAGACUCUGCUAGCGAUGCUCCGUCCUGCUCCUAUAGUUGUGAUUCAGAGAGACUGAUGGCGCCUCAGGUUAACCCACUAACAGGUGCUGCCUUCAGCCUGCCUUCUAUAGGAUCUAUCAACUGGAACAUGGACCCUGCAACAACACAGACUCUCACUGGCCUUCGUCCUCCUCACACUCUCCUGUUAAACCAGACCUCAGACAAUGCCAGUGCCUCAACAUUAAAUGGCUACACAAGCCCAUUGACAAAUGACAGUAGUAGCAACGCUAUCAGUAGAUCCGAUGGCAAAGAGAAGCGCUUCCCGUGUUCAUUCUGUGGGAAAGCUUUCAGUUUCCCCAAACAGGUGGAGAUUCACCAGAGGAUGCACACAGGGGAGAAACCGUACAGCUGCCACCUGUGCCAGGCCAGUUUUUCACACUCGUCCAACCUAAAGCGGCACCAGAGGGUCCACACAGGGGAGAAACCCUUCAGCUGUACCCAGUGUCACAUGCGCUUCGCUCAGUCUGGCAACCUGAAGAUGCACCUGAAGGUCCACAUGGGAGAGAGGCCAUUUGCCUGUACGGACUGAGGUUCUUAAAGGGGAGUUACCUCAGGAUACACCAGCAGAAAAAACAUUCCACUCUAUAACAUAGAAAGUAACCAUUCCAUUUGAUAGCUUCUGACUGACAUCACACCCUGCAUUAAAGACAAAGAUUCAUUUUCAUUGUCAGCAGAAAAGAUGCACUUGGAAUAACGAGAGUAACGUAUUUCAUUGUUGAAUAUUCCUUGGUAGAAUGUUGCAUCAAGACAUUGUGUGACAUUGACUUAAGUGUAAAACACAUUAGGAAUACUUGCUCUUUGCACUUCAUAAACUGACCAGCUGAAAAUUACAUUCCCUUCUUGAUGUCACUUGUUAAACUAUAAUGUAAUUUUGCAGUUGUGUCAUGCUGCAGCCACCACCAUGCUUGAAAAUAUAGAGGUAGUUAUUCAGUGACGCAUUCUAUUGGAUUUUCCCCAAACAUAAGGCUUUGCAUUUAGGCCAAAAAACAUAUUCCUUUGUUUUUGUCGUCGUAUUAGUGUAGUGCCUUAUUGCAUACAAUAUGCCAGUUUUGGAAUAUUUGUUUUCUGUAUACUUGUAUUUUCACUCAUUGAUUAAAGUCAUUAUUGUGGAGUCACAAAUGUUGAUCCAUUAUGUUUUCUCCCAUCACAGCCAUUGAACUGUAACUGUUUUAAAAUCACUAAUGGCCUCAUGGUAGCAUUCCUGCAGUUCAGAAGGAUUUCUGUCUCUUGGUGUUUUUAAAGUAAGAUGAUCAUGAUAGUGCCUUAAUUCAUGUUUACUUUACAUGUAGUAGUGAGCCUUUUCCAAAGUAUUCUAAAAUAAAUUUUAUCAAAGCGAUGGUACCAGAUUUACAGGAAAGGUGAAGUGUUACCGUAGUGAUGUUAUUGUACUUGUCACAUCAUUUUGUGCAAUAAAAGUAUUGUACGUCACGUUGUGAGUGUAUGACCAUUUUAAAUCAAAUUCAAAAAUGACUUUUUUUUUUAAA